AUGAAGAGCGGUGGUCAUACGAAGGCUACGACAUACCUCCCUACUGAGAAAAUUCCAUCCUUCAAGCCCAUCAACAUGAGUCCCAAGCGAAACGAGAAAUUUCUCGACGAGGAUCUCGAUAUCACGGGGAACGCGUCCUGCCUGGACAUGCACAUCCAACUUUGUCUUUGCUAUGCCAUGCCAGAUAGUUCUCCGAUCUCAGCUGGAGAUGCGAUCCUGUCGUUGAAGAAUGGUCUGGAAAUCUUAACCAGGAGUCUCCCCUGGGUGGCGGGGCAGGUUGUCUAUGAAGCUCCGAACAAAACACACACGGGGAGAAUGAAAAUCAAACCUUUAGGGCAGACUCCUACGCUGAUUGUGAAGGACCUGAGGCAGGAGCCCUCGGACCUGACAAUGGAGGCUUUGCGCCAGGCGCAAUUUCCUAUUCGACUGCUGGACGAGCGGGUGAUAGCGCCCAUCCCGAGCUAUUCUGGCGCCAUACCGGGUCCGAAGCCAGUCGUGCUCAUACAGGCCAACCUCAUAUCUGGGGGGCUGCUGCUCACUGUGGCGGGCCAGCAUCAAGCGAUGGACUACCCGGGCAUGGGUCAGAUCCUGCGUCUUCUGUCUAAAGCAUGCCAUGGGCAAGCGUUUUCUGCUGAUGAAAUCGCCGCCGCCAACCUUCCUCGAUACCAUCUGAUCCCAUUCCUGGAUGAUUCAUACCAGCCGGGACCGGAGCUAUACCGACGCAUCAUUGCUCCUGCCCGGCCUGCUGACAGCACCCAGGCGCCUUCUGCCAAUCUUACUCGCAGCAGUUGGGUCAACGUUAUAUUCGAGGCCGUCUCACUUGCCACUCUGAAGCGGGUCGCAGAAAGAGACCUCAGUACACAUCUUGGCUUUAUCUCGACGGACGAUGCGCUGACCGCGUUUGUAUGGAAGGCCGUUGUUCGGGCCAGAAUCUCCCGCCUUCAGCCUGAUGAAGAGGCAACCCUUAGUCGUGCCGUCAAUAUCCGCCACCUGUUCGACAUCCCUGAGGAGCACCCCGGAAUGGUGACGAUGUGCGUAUACGAUACUGCCACAUUGAAGGCGCUAGCUGGGGAGCCCUUGGGAACGACCGCAUCCCGACUUCGCUCAGAACUGGACCACCAGAAGACUGGGCUUGUCUCCAUCACGCGUGCGGCGGUGACGAUGCUUAAUCGGUCCACUGACAAGAGCAUUCUGAACUAUAUGGGCACAAUCAGAACCAACAUUGACCUCAUGUUCAGCUCCUUCUCCAAAGUCGAUGCGUAUGGUGUGGACUUCAACAUGGGCCUUGGGCAGCCAGAGGCGGUGCGCUUGCCGUUGCCACCUGCCGACCCUGGCAUUGUCUAUGCGCUGCCUAAGCGUCCAGACGGACAGGUCGUGCUGGCAAUGUGUCUGGAGGACAGGGAUAUCGAGGCCCUGAAAAAUGACAGGGACUUCCAGCAGUAUGGGAGAUUUAUUUAG